GUGUUAUGACACACGAUUGAAUGUCACCGCUGCAAGAGGUGGUUCCAUGUGGCAUGCCUUUCUGUGUCAGACAAGCAGUUCAACAGGGCUCAGAAGGUUGACUGGAAGUGUUGCCUGUGGAAGUUUCCUUGAAGCAUGGCUACAGCAGUGAGCCCGAAUCUGAUGAAAUCAACAGAUCUGAUCAAGAAAGUUCUGCUGGAUUAUGGAGGCUUUGGGGAAGUUUAUCUGUGCUAUCACAAAACCCUGGGCCAGGUGGUCCUGAAGACUGUAUACACCGGUCCCCCUCGCAAUGGGCAACAGAAGCAAUCUCUCCUGGAAGAGGGCAGUCUGAUGAGCCAGUUAAAUCAUCAGCGAGUAGUCAAGUUGCUGGGGAUUAUUCUGGAUGAUGGUGACUAUUCUUUAGUCAUGGAGCUCAUUCCAAAAGGCAAUCUGCUCAACUUGCUGGAGACGGUGACUGUUCCAGUUUCAGUGAAAGGAAGGAUCAUUGUGGAGAUCUUGGAGGGAAUGGUUUAUCUCACAGAGAACCAAGUUAUUCACAAAGAUCUGAAACCAGAGAACAUCCUGGUGGACAACCAUUUCCAUAUAAAAAUCGCAGACCUCGGCCUGGCCACAUCUGAGACGUGGAACAAACUGACGAAGGAGGAGUCUCGGCGACAGAGUCGUCUGGGGAAGAAGACCUGUAUGCGUGCUGCUGGCACUCUGUGCUACAUGGCACCAGAGCACCUUGAAAGCAUCCACACACGAUCCACUGAAAAAUCUGAUGUGUACAGUUUUGCCAUUGUCGUUUGGGUCAUCCUCACAGGUCUCGAGCCGUAUGAACAUGCUAGAAGUGAAGACCAAAUCUGUCGCUGCGUGUGUCAGGGUGAUCGACCCAGUGAAGAACAAAUCCCAAUUGACACACCUCAAGAAAUCAUAGACCUUAUGAAGACAUGCUGGCAUAAAGACCCUUGUUACCGACCCACAUUUAAAGAUGGCUAUGCAAAAAUGUUACCUUUUUACCGGGAGAAGCUGGAAGCAAAUGUUGAAGAAGAUUUGCAGAGUCUGAUGAGAUUGUAUGAGGGUCCAGAGGAGCUAGUAGAAAAGAUGAAAUCGCUCUCAACUUCAGAGCCUUACAGUCCUGAAGUUGUUGUGUCAGCAGACUCUUCUCCAUCUUCAAGAGACUCUCCAGCACCAUUAAGAAUUUCAGAUAUUGAGCCAAAAGAGGCCAGCAUUGAAGACCUCAGCUUCAGUCCCUCUGCCCUGGAGAGUGACGCAGCCCCUCCCAGCUCUCUGGACCUAGAGCUGAAACUGGCACAAGAGUACAACUACCACAAGUUUGGAAGUCGUAUAGAUCAGUCGGACCUAAUGCCAAACAGUGUUUUCAAUCCACUCCCACAGCAGCCAGCCAGUAGCAGAUGGCCUGGAGAGGUUUCUUCUGUGAAGUGCUGGACUAAGUCCACCCCAAACCAAGAGGAGGAUCUGCAUCUGAGAUCUGCAAGUGCAUUUGAUGCUUUUCCUCGGCCUGAAUAUGCAAGCCAGACGUCAUUGCCGUAUGCAGAGUAUGACAGGCUCCAAAAUCACCAUCCACCGUGUGAUCGUUUCAAGUCCUGUCCUGAAGGUGGAUUACGCAAGUCACUCAUGCUGGAUCCAAAUUCUGACCUGCCUUUAAGAUCACCUUUCUUAUGUCCUCCAUCAGACUCAGGACCAUCUGUGUACAUCUCGAAUGCUAGUGCGAUUCAAAUCGGAAGUUACAACACAAUGAAUCUGCGAAGUUCUGAAAAAAGCUUUAACAGGUCAUUAUCCACUGGAUCUGCCAGCAAAGCCAAAUAUAAUGAACUCCUGCUGAAGUAUGACGACCAUACUGUCACUGAUUGUCACCUGGAGGUUGUGCGUCUUAACAUUGGUAGCAACUGGAAGCAAGUUGCUCGUAAUCUGGGCCUGACCGACAUAGACGUGGAGACCAUUGAGCAUGACUAUGACCGUGAUGGGCUGGCAGAGAAGGUGCACCAGAUGCUGGAGCGCUGGAAGAUGAGGGAAGGGCUACUGGGCUUCACUGUGGGUACACUGUGCCAUGCACUGGAGGGCUACAUCAAAUCUGACGUGCUCAUGCAGCUUCUGUUGAAGUCUCAAAACGCUACAGGUCCCUAAAAUGCCACUUUCUGGGAGUGUCAUAAAAAUGUCCUGUGCUCGGGAUAUGUUCAUUGCUGGAGAGUAGAGUCAAACAGUUCAAUAAAGGGUAUAUUAUAAACCAUUACUGCCUGUUUAACUCUCCAAUCCAGGGUUGAAUUCUGAACUAUCACAAAGCUGUGCAGCAAUUAAAUUCAGUGUUGACAGAAUAACACCAAAUAUCCAUCACUAUUACGAAAAGAGUGCAUACAUUUUUCCCAGAACUAUGUGUUUUUGGAGAGUACACCACUAAUCACAGAUUCUUUAUAAAACUGUAUUUACACAUGGAACUAAAGGCACCUUUUUGCCUUGUCUACAAACUGAAUGGAAGGCAUUUUUGAAAAUUGUAAUUUUGCGGUGUAUUUUUUUCUUGUAAGCGAUUUCACAAAAAUACCUCUUGAAACUAUAUAUUUAGAUAUUUUUUAGGGUCAGUUGUCAUAAUACUGUUGGAUGAUUUAUCUGUUAGGCAUUUGAAACUGAAAAUCUUGAAAUAUAUAUAUAUAUACAUACAUGCAUACAUACAUACACAUUUACAUAUAUACAUUUGGCAGAUGCUUUUAUCCAAAGCGACUUACAGUGCACUUAUUACAGGGAUAAUCCCCCUGGAGCAACCUGGAGUUAAGUGUCUUGCUCAAGGACACAAUGGUGGUGGCUGUGGGGAUUGAACCAGCAACCUUCUGAUUACCAGUUAUGCGCACCAUUAGCCCACUAUGCCACCACCACUCACCUAUAUACAUAUAUCUGUGUGUAUUCUUUUAUAAUGUUAUCAACAUGUAUUACAAUGAUUUUUACUAUAAAAUUAUGUAUAUAUUCUUUAUAGUUCUACAAAGUUAAAUAGUAUUUAGUUCCUUCCUUUGGUUUCUUAAUUUAGCUUUGCCAAAGCCAACUUUUAAUAUAGGUAUGUUCUGGCAAAAAAAUAAAAAAUAUAAGAUUACAUUCAUGUGAAAAAAUGAAGAAAAACAAAAUGGUUUGGACAACAUCUGGGGCUGAGGUAAAGACAUCAGGUGCUGGGGAAGUGUAGGGGUUAGUGGUGUGCACCAUUCAUAACUAAACUGACAAAGCCUUUGAAUCUAUGAAUCAUUCGUGCUUUUCAUAUUCAAUUAUUGAUCUGAAAAAUUCAUAGAUUGGUAAUCACAAAUCCAGUAAUUGUUUUUUGUACUUUCAAUUUAUCCUCUGGUUAAAAAUAGGAAAUAAGACAAAUGUACAUGUACUCAUGAUGUUUUAGUAAUUUGAUUUUCCAUUUAAAAAGAAAUAAAUAGAAAUAAAAAAAAUAAAAAAACUUAUUUACAGCUUGAAUAUUUUAUUCACAUAUAUGUGAGACACUGAAAAAACCCUUUCUUCUGGUUGGUCAGUCUGCACCGUCAUUUGUUCUUGCUCAAUGCCGUGAGAUAGAUAACAGCUCACCUCUUUUAUGUUGUAGAGAAUUUAGUCUCCAUUAAUAAUAAAUUCUUCAUAAUUUAUUCUGCAAAAUGUACGAUUGCUUCAUGUUUAUUGCAGCUGUGCCAUCUCUCAUCAAGUAAGCAAUUUAUCCAACACCACUGACUUUUUCACUGGCAUGGUUUUAUGGCUUUAAGUGAGAUGCUGUAAAGUCUUGUAAACAAAUCCACAACAUUAAAGCACAUAAAAAGCCUACACUGUAAAUAUAACCCCUUAUAAGAGUGGUCGAGCCCAGGUGAGAGCAUUCACAGGGAGCUUUAAAUGACUUUGUCAUGAAAAUGAUUCAUGGACAAGUUCAUGAAUGCUCAUUGCUUUGCAUAUU